AUAUUUGUUAGGUAUAUAAUUAUAUAUAAUGUAAUACGGGUAAACAUUACCCGUUGUUCACGGGCAAUGUUUACCCUAUUGUAUAUAAUUCUUAAUAAAUAUACUUACCUCUUUAUAAAUAAAAAUUAUAAUUCAAAUUUAAUUGUAGAAUAUUUAUUAUAUUAA